AUGGGAUUCAAUAACAGGACAAAGCUAGGAGAUAUCCUCAUAUUCUCCUUCUUCCUCCUGUUUGAAGGUCCCGACUGGUGUCUGUGCAUCCAAAACUUGCAGUCCCGGGCUACGAUGUUUGGAGACGCGAUCUGGAAAAGCUAUGGGAAGCAUAACUACCCAGAGAAACCUCCUCAACAUACACUUGACAAGCAGGCAACUUUAGAGAACAUCCCACUGCACAAUGCCUGUAGGAAGGGGGACCUGGGCCGAGUGAGACGCAUCUUGUCCCGAGGUGGUGUCGACGUCAACAGUAGAGACAAGAGGCAAGGAAGGACACCACUCAUGAUGGCCGCACAGAAGGGACACAGAAGAAUAUUUGAUCUUCUUAUAAGAAAAGGAGCUAACAUAUUACUGGCGGAUCAUAACGGCAACAAGAUCGUACACUUAGCCUGCAUUGGGGGACAUGUGGACAUGGUGAAAUAUGUACUCUCUCAAUGCGGCGUUGAUAUUAAUAGUAAAGAAAAGUCUUGGAAAACUCCCCUGAUGAAGGCUGUGUAUCAUGGACACAGAGACGUGUUUGAGUUUCUCGUAAGUAAGGGAGCUAAUAUGUCUCUAGUGAAUAAGUUCGGCGACAACAUACUUCAUGUUGCCUCACAUGAAGGACAUGUGAAGAUGGUUAAGCAUAUCCUGUCACACGACCUAGUCAACAUUAACAGUAGAGGAACUUUGGGAAGGACAGCACUGAUGAGUGCAGCGUAUUAUGGACGUAGAAAAGUGUUUGAUCUUCUUGCGAGUAAAGAUGCAAGAAUUUCCUCAGUUGACGAUUAUGGUGACAACAUCCUUCAUCUGGCCACAUAUGGUCGACAUGUGGAGAUGGUGAAGCAUAUCCUCUCACAGAACAUGACAGACAUUAACGCCAGGAACGAGAAUGGGGAAACAGCAGCCAUGAUAGCCAAGCGUACAAGACAAGCAUACUCAUCUGCAGAUGGGAAGCAGAACUACCCCGAGAGACCUCCUCAACAUAAAGUUGACAAGCAGGACACUUUACAGAACAACUCACUUCACGAUGCCUGUAAGGAGGGGGACCUGGGCCGAGUGAGACGCAUCUUUCACCGGUAUGUGGUCGACGUCUUCAGCAGGGACAAGAAGGAAGCAGCACUGAAGGGGCAUAGAAGAAAACCUGACUUUCUAAAUAGAAAAGGAGCUAAUGUAUCACAAGUGGAUUAUUACGGCAACAAUAUCCUGUAUUUGGCCUCUGAAAGGGGACACCUGGGCAUGGUUAAGCAUGUACUAUCACAAUGCAGGGUUGAUAUUAACAGUAGAGCAAGGUCUGGAUCAACUCCCCUGAUGAAGGCUGCAUAUUAUGGGCACAUACACGUAUUUGACUAUCUAGUAUGUAUGGGAGCUAAUAUAUCACUGGUAGACGCUUACGGCAACAACAUCCUGCACUGGGCCUGCAGAGGAGGACAUUCGAAGAUGGUAAAGCAUCUCCUGUCACAGGACCUGGUGAACAUUACCAGUAGAGGAGCGUCAGGAAGGACACCAUUAAUGAAAGCAGCGUAUAAUGGACAUAGAAAAGUGUUUGAUCUUCUUGCGAGUAAAGGUGGUCAAGUUUCCUCAGUGGAUGAUAUGGGUUACAACAUACUUCACCUGGCCUCUCUGCGUGGACAUGUGGAGAUGGUGAAGCAUAUCCUCUCGAAGAAUAUGGUAGACAUUAACGCCAGGGACAAGGAUGGGUCUACAGCAGCCAUGAGAGCAAAGCGUUACAGACAAGAUGCAGCAUAUGACCUUCUUGUGUCGCGGGGCUGUCCAGUGCAAUAA